AUGCAUACCCCAAAAACAAGAAGUGGUUCUUCUGAAGUGACUCAGAAGGUUUCUGGACGCGCUGUACGCCAAAUGAGGACUACUACGAUAGACACAAACUCUAUAUCUUCUUCUUCGUCGUCUUCAACUCAAGUUAAUAGAUUAUCAAAGGAAAGAAGCCCCAAACUCAAUGAUCGAAAAUCACCCAGAAGCCCGGUUCCUGAGAGGAAACGUCCUAGCAAAAUAUCUGAAUUGGAAUCCCAAAUUUCUCAACUUCAAGAUGAUUUGAAGAAGGUGAUGGACCAGCUAGUUUUAACUGAAUCAAGCAAGAAGCAAGCUCAGCAAGACGCCGAGGAAUCCAAGGAGCAGCUCUUAACGCUAUUUGCAAAACUCGAAGAAUCUCAAAACCAAUACUUGGAGCUUUGUGCUAACGGAGAAGCUCGUGAUAUUGAGCUCAGGAGACUGACCGAAGAACGCGACAGGGCAUGGCAAUCCGAGCUCGACGCGUCUGAAAAGAAUCUUUCGGUUGACUCAACUGCUUUGGCUUCUGCAGUGAAGGAAAUUCAGCUGCUAAAGGUACAGCUUGAGUUGGUAGCUAAAUGUGGUAGUGUUCAAACUCAACAUGCUGAAUCCGCGAAUACGGAGCUACUAAACCUUAAGCAGAAGUUAUCAGAAUCUCUUUCUCUGAUGGAGAGCAUGAAAAACCAACUCGAUAAUUCCAAAGAGUCUGAAGUUCGGGCUCAAGUUGUUGUCGAUGAAGCUUUGUUCCAACUCGAAGCUGCAAAAAGAACCGUCGAGAUUCUAGCGGACGAUGUUGUGAAAAAUGUAGAUGGCUACAAUUCCAUUGCUUUGGAAUUAGAACAUUCUAGAGCAAGGGUGAACACGCAAGAGACACUUGUUAGCAAACUUAAGACACACGUAAAGGAUAAUGAGUCAAUUCAUUCUGAUCCUGAAUUCGAGAAGGAAUGUGAAAUAGUGAAAGAUGGAGAGGAUCCUAAUCAAACUGAAAUUGAGAUUUGUUCUUUAAAAUCCGAGGUUGAACGGUUGAGAUCUGAUAUAGAGACUGCCGAGACUAAAUAUCAACAAGAACAGAUUCAAAGCACGGUGCAGAUAAAAGCCGCGUACGAGUUGAUGGAGCAGAUAAAAUCUGAAUCAGGUCAUAGACAACGCGAGUUCGAGGCUGAAUUACAAAGAAAGAAAGCCGAUAUUGAAGAAUUGAAGGCUAAUCUAAUGGACAAAGAAACCGAGUUGCAAUGUAUCAUGGAAGAGAACGAGAACUUGAAUUUGCAGCUCGAAAAUAACAUGUCAUCACAGAAUGAUAAUGGACUUGAAAAGGAAGUUAAAAGAUUGGAACAAUGUUUGGAUGAAAUGAAAGCUGAUAUGAUGGACAAGGAAACAACAUUGCAAAGCAUAUCAGAAGAGAACGCGACGCUGAAGAUGGAGAUCAGCAAGCGCUAUUCGGAUGGUGUAAAUGCGAGAGAGGAAAUAGAGAAAGUUAAGGCUGCUGAACGCGAGGUGGCAACAAAACUCGGGAUUGCGAUGGAGGAAGCAGACAGAAGCAGCCGAAAGGCCGCGAGAGUGACAGAACAGUUAGAAGCAGCGCAAGCGGCUAGCUUAGAAAUGGAAAGCGAACUGCGGAAGCUUAUGGUACAAUCUGAUCAAUGGAGGAAGGCUGCAGAAGCGGCUGCUGCUAUGCUUUCGGCCGGGAACAAUGAGAAGAUUACAGAGAGAGGUGUGUCUUUGGAGAAAAACUAUAAGUGUUCACCACCUUAUGGUGAUGAUAUUGAUGAUGAGUUUCAGAGAAAGAAAAAUGGAAACAUGUUGAAGAAGAUUGGAGUCUUGUGGAAGAAGCCUCAAAAAUAG